AUGGCCCCAACCAACAAGAUCAACGACCUCUUCAACGUCAAUGGCCUCGUCGCUGUCAUCACCGGCGGCGGCAGUGGCCUGGGACUCUACGCUGCACGAGCCUUGGACGCCAACGGAGCCAAAGCCGUGUACAUCGUCGGCCGCAGAGAACAAUCCCUCAAAGACGCCGCCGCCACUGGCAUCAACGGCAAGAUCAUCCCCGUCGUCGGCGAUGUCACCAACAAGGAUUCCCUCAAGAAAGUCGUCGACCACGUCCAAAAGGAACAAGGCUACAUCAACCUCCUCUUUGCCAACUCAGGCAUCGGCGGCCACCACGACAACACCGUCAUCACCAAGCCCGACGGCAGCAAGCCCAGCGUGCAGGAAUUCGCAGACUUCGUAGGCGGUCCUUCCCUGGAUGAGUUCAACAAGACCCUCUCAACCAACGUCACCGGCGUCUUUCACACCGCCAUUGCCUUCCUCCCUCUCCUCGACGCCGGCAACAAUAAGAAGAACGUCGCUCAAGACUCCCAAAUCCUCAUCACCUCCUCCGUAGCCGGCUUCUCCCGCUACCUCGCCUCCUCCUUCGCCUACUCCACCUCCAAAGCCGCCGUCAACCACCUCUGCAAAAUGCUCGCCACGACAUUCGCCCAGCAAGGCUUCCACAUCCGCGCCAACGUCAUCGCACCAGGCUUGUAUCCUAGUGAAUUGACCCAAUCGGCCACGGACAAGCUAGACAAGUUCAAUGCAGUGGAUGGAGCGUGGGAGGAUGCGAGGGUUAUGGCGAAGGAUCGAGCGCCGGCGGAGAGGACGGGGAGUGAGGAGGAUUUUGCCGCGACGGUGUUGUAUUUCGCCAGUCGAGCGGGGGCGUAUCUGAAUGGCGAGACUUUGCUGACGGAUGGUGGGAGGUUGGCUCAGAUGCCGGCUGUGUACUAA